AUGAUAUUCAGGCGGCUGCGUGCUCUCCCGCACACCAUCAAGUACACCUGGGCUGUCUUUGAGCUUCCUGCGAAACUGGCACAAAGCGUCGGUCGAUUCAUCAUCCUUCAGCUUCGGGACUUCCGAUGUCCUGGAUGGGGUUCCAAAGCGUGCGAGGUCCAUCAACGGCGCGGUCUCGUCUUGGACCUGUUGUCACUCAUUGUUGGUCAUUGCGACGGGUCCCCUGCCAACAUUCACGUUGCCCUUCUCUCACUGCGUGCUGUGGGACGUCGAGCAGUCAGAGGUCGAGAAUGCAUCCCUCACUCUUCAUGCACGUCACUCGAGAUGGGAUUCCAUUCGCAAAACCUAUGUCUGUCUCAUCAAGACAUCCAGCGCCUCCCUAGGCUCACCAAGAUCGUGGUGUCUCUUGUGAUCAUGCCCCAGCUCCAGAGCGGACAAGUUUGUACGAAUCAUCCAGCGGCUGAAAAAGGGACACUGCAUCUGCUCGAAGAAUCGCGCAACGGAACUCCACACAAAUCCUUCGAUCUGUCCCUGCCAGGCAAGACGAGCUUUUUAUCUUUCAGAGGUGAGACGCAUGCGCUGAUGACCAAAACCGAGCUGGCCAAAGCACUGUCUGUCCGGCACUUGUCAUCGGACGUGCUCCAGCAACCGUUCGAGCACGAUCUGUCACUCGCUAGGGUGCAUCCAUGCGUGCUCAGCGAACUGGAAACAUUCUACCGUAACAUCGCGUGCCUGUUUCCCCCCGUGCGCAAACUCGUGUGCUUGGGCUCGCUGUCAGCGGAGGACGAUUCUGAAUUUGUCGUGCAACUGCCCGGCUCGGAAAGCGCGACGCGCAUGCCAUGGCCCAAUUUCGAGACACUAUUCUUUGGUGGGGCCCAGUUCCAGGAGGAGGAGCAUCGGGGAAUGCUAUGCAGCCUCGGUGGCGGAUCUUUCCCGACACAGCCACGACGCUCGUCGAUUCGGAUAUCAUUUCUUGCUCGACGACACCUCCCUCCACCCACGGACGACACUUCCUCUCCCACUUCCUGGCGCAGGUUUGCGUGCUCGAACUCGCCGUACAUGGACGACGCACUCAAGUUACUCGUCCCGCCGCCCAACUCGGAGCGCGACGCAGAUGCUAUGCCCGAACCUCGAGACGCUGUCCUACAGCGAGGCCCCACUCCAGGAGUAACACAUUUCUCGAUUGACACCUCCACGGGCGAAUAG